AUGGUUAAUAUUCAAGACUUUUUCAAGAACAAACAGGGGAACCCCAGUACAAAACGUAAAGCAGAGGAGAUGGAAUCAACAAGCGCGAAAAGGACCAAACCAACAGCAAAGCCUAAACAGGAAGUUAUAGAUUUAGACGAUGACUUUGAGUUUGACGAUGAUGAUGAUGAUGAUGUGAUAGAUAUAGAGCCACCGAAGAAGCCGUCUCCCAAGAAGAAGCAGUCUCAGUCUUCUUCACCCCGGAAACCGCAAGCCAAGCAAUCAACGACGACGACAAGAGAGACAAAACCAAAAGCUUCUAAUCCCAGUGGAGAUGGGGAAUCUAUCGAUCAAGUACUUGCUAAAAUUCCCGAGGCAGAGUUGCCCGAAGUAAAUGAGGGCGAAAAGCCAAAUUUCUUUGCUCUUAAGGCUCAACAAAACGUGACGGCUUCCACGCUGAUUGAAUUGCCUGCGGCCCAGCCUAAUUGCCUAACUGGGUUGACAAUAGUAUUUACUGGUCAAAUGCCUUCGUUGGACCGAAAUACUGCUGAGCAGACUGCUCAACAAUAUGGUGCAAAAGUCACCAAAUCAAUCUCGAAAAAGACAAGUUUGGUUGUGAUUGGAUCAGAUGCUGGCCCGUCGAAAGUUAAAAAGAUUAAAGAUUUCAAAAUUAAAGCAAUAGAUGAAGCAGGUUUUAUACAAUUAUUGUCGAGUAUGCCGGCCGAUGGUGGUUGUGGCGAGGCUGCCAUAAAGGCUAAGGAAAAGCGUGAGCAAGAAGAGAGGAAAAUUAUUGAGGAUGCAGAAAAGGCAGAAAGAGAAGAGAAGGAGCAGGAGGAAAAGAGGAGAAAGAAGAUGAUCCAAGAAAAUGCAAGCCAGAAUGCCUCGAGUGGAGCUUCGCAACUGGCUCCUGUAUCGCAAGAGGUUCCAGCAAAGGAUAGAUUGUGGACUGACAAGCAUGCGCCAAAGGAUUUCAAUCAGUUGUGUGGAAAUAAAGGCCAGGUUCAAAAAUUGCGCAAUUGGCUUGAACAUUGGUUUGAGAAUAAAGCCAAAAAUUUUCCCGGUGGACUCGAAAACCCCAACUCAUACAGAGCUGCUUUAAUUAGUGGACCUCCGGGGAUUGGUAAAACCACUGCGGCCCAUAUGGUUGCCAAGUCACUAGGCUUUGACGUUUUGGAAAAAAAUGCAUCCGAUGUUCGUUCUAAAUCGUUGUUGAAUGCAAAUAUCAAGUCGGUGUUGAACAAUACUUCCGUCAUUGGCUUUUUCAAGCAUCGCGGCGACGAGGAGCAAAGCAACAACAGUAGAAAGCUUUGCUUGAUUAUGGAUGAAGUCGAUGGUAUGUCAAGUGGAGACCACGGUGGUGCUGGGGCCUUGUCUCAAUUUUGCAGAAUUACAAAUAUGCCUAUGAUUUUGAUCUGUAAUGACAAGUCACUACCAAAGAUGAGAACAUUCGACAGGGUGACAUUAGACUUGCCAUUUCGAAGACCAACUGAGAAUGAAGUAAAGAGCAGGUUAAUGACAAUUGCAUUACGCGAAGGUAUCAAAUUAGAUCCAAGUAUCAUUGGACAGUUGGUCCAGGCUACAUCUAACGAUAUCAGACAAAUGAUAAACUUGCUUUCUACUGUUUCCAAAACACAAAAGCUCAUUGGCGCAAACAAUGUCAAAGAGAUACAGGCCAGCUGGAAAAAACAAAUCAUUUUAAAGCCAUUUGACAUUGCUGGUAGGCUAUUAUCGUCUGGGCUUUGGACAAGCCCUAAGCAAAAUUUAAAUGAAAAGCUCGAUUUGUACUUUAAUGACAUUGAUUUUGCUCCUUUGAUGAUCCAGGAAAACUAUUUAAACACGAGACCAAGGCUUGCAGGACCUCAUAUUAAGCAUGUUGCCCAGGCUGCUGAUGACAUCAGUUUAUCGGACUCCAUAAACUCUUUGAUUAGGUCUAGUGAGCAACAGUGGAGUUUGUUACCUUUCCAUGGUUUAAUGUCAACAGUAAAGCCUUCGUACGAAGUAGCUGGCCAAGUGACUGGUAGAUUGAAUUUCAGUGCUUGGUUGGGACAAAACUCGAAACAAAUGAAGUAUCAAAGAAUGCUACAAGAAUUGCAAUAUCACACCAGAGUCAAGACGUCGACUACAAAGCAGGAAUUACGCUUGGAUUACUUAAAUCCUUUGUGGGUUAAAUUAAACACCCCAAUAAAACAGCUAGGGGAGGCUGGAAUUGAUCAAACCAUUGAUACAAUGGAUGAGUAUUACUUGACAAAAGAAGACUAUGAUAAUAUAAGUGACAUGUUAAACAAACCUAUUGAUUUGGAUAAGAAAGACAAGGCAGCAUUUACUCGUAAGUACAACAAUGCUAUUCAUCCUACGGUGAUUUACAAGACUGGAAAUUCAUUUGGCGGUAAAAAAGCAGCACCUGCCAAGGUCGAUUAUGAAGAUGUUGUAGAUGAUGAUAUGGAAGAUGUUGACGAUGACAACGAUGGCGAAGAUAGCGAUAAAAUUGACACAAAGAAAGACAAGUUGAUCAAACAGGUACCAGCGGGAAAAGCAGGGUCUGGUGCCAAGAGAUCGACCAAAGGACAAGCCAGAAAGAAGCAAAAGAAGUAA